AUGAUAUUGACCUUCCUUUAUAAGGGCUUAACUGCACAAGGAAGUUACUCUGAAAUAAGACCUGAACUCCCCGGCGGCUUCUACCUUCUCCUCCAAAAUGCAGAAGUGCAGGGGGGCAGUGGCGGUGCUGGAGAGAGCCUGGACGGUGACCAAGCAAUUCUCCAGAGGAUAAGGAAAUAUGUGAAAGCCAUUCAUGUCUCCGGGCUCACACACGUCGAGAACGAGGAGCAGUACAGCGAAUCUCUGGAGAACUUCGGCAACAACCACCUGUCCCAGAACAAUCACGAGCUUUCCACCGGCUUCCUGAACCUGGCGGUCUUCACCAGAGAAGUGACCGCGCUCUUCAAGAACCUGGUGCAGAAUCUGAACAACAUCGUUUCCUUCCCCCUGGAGAGCCUGCUGAAGGGGCAGCUGAAAGAUGGCCGGCUGGAUUACAAGAAGCAGAUUGAGAAGGCCUGGAAGGAUUAUGAGACCAAAGUAGCAAAGAUCGAAAAGGAGAAGGAGCGAGCCCGGAUAGCGGGACUCAUCCAGGCGGAGCCGUCGCCAGCGGAGAUCGCCGAGGAGACGCAGAAGGAGCGCCGGAUGUUCCAGCUUCAGAUGUGCGAGUACCUGCUGAAAGCUAACGAGAGCCAGACGAAGCAAGGUCCGGACUUCCUGCAGAGCCUGAUCAAGUUUUUCCAUGCGCAACAUAAUUUCUUCCAAGAUGGCUGGAAGGCUGCACAGAAUCUUUACCCUUUCAUUGAGAAACUCGCCGCAUCUUUACAUGCACUGCACCAGGCCCAGGAGGAGGAGGUGAAAGAGCUCACUCAGAUCCGUGACUCCCUCCGAGGCAUCCUGCAGCUGGAGAACAAAGAGGAAAACCUGCUCAGGAAGAACUCUGGCAGCGGCUACAGCAUCCACCAGCACCAAGGGAACAAGCAGUACGGGACGGAAAAGUCGGGCUUUCUGUGCAAGAAAAGCGACGGAAUCCGGAAAGUGUGGCAGAAGAGGAAGUGUGGCGUGAAGUAUGGCUGCCUCACCAUCUCGCACAGCACGAUCAACCGGCCUCCCGUGAAGCUGAACUUGCUGACCUGCCAAGUGAGACCUCACCCGGAGGAAAAGAAGUGCUUCGACCUUGUGACACAUAACAGGACGUACCACUUCCAGGCUGAGGAUGAACAAGAGUGUGUUGUCUGGGUGUCCGUGCUCCAGAACAGCAAGGAUGAAGCUCUCAGCAACGCCUUCAAGGGUAACCCGAGCGGCUGUGCAGCCUCCGCCGGGGGCGUGACAGACGCUGGCCUGCAGGAGCUCACCAAGCUGGUCAUUGGCGAGGUGAAGGGCAUGCCAGGCAACAAGCAAUGCUGUGACUGCGGGGCCCCAGAUCCCACGUGGCUCUCCAUCAACCUGGGCAUCCUGACGUGUAUUGAGUGCUCAGGCAUUCACCGGGAGCUGGGGGUGCACUACUCCCGCAUACAGUCCCUGACCCUGGACCUUCUCAGCACCUCCGAACUGCUGCUGGCGGUCAGUAUCGGAAAUGCCCGGUUUAACGAAAUCAUGGAGGCCACGCUGCCGGCGCAGGGGAAUCUGAAGCCUUCAUCAAGCAGCGAUAUGAGCGCCAGGAAAGAAUAUAUCGUGGCCAAAUACAUGGAGCGCAAGUAUGUCCAGAAAGCCAGCAGGGAUGAGCCGCACCGGCUCUGGGAAGCCAUUCGCAACCGGGAUCUCUUUGCCUUGUUACAAGCCUUUGCGGAGGGGCACGAACUAGCAAAACCCCUGGCUAGCCCCGACAGCCAGGACCAGGGUGAGUUGGCUCUUCACCUGGCUGUGCGUUAUGCAGACAAGUCCUCCCUCCCGCUGGUGGACUUCAUCAUUCAGAAUGGGGGGAACGUGGACAAGGCAACUCCGGACGGGAACACGGCUCUGCACUACAGUGCUCAGUACAACCAGCCCAACUGUCUCAAGCUGCUGCUGAAAGGGAAAGCCGCCAUAAACACAGUGAAUGCAGCAAGCGAGACGGCCCUGGACGUAGCAAGGAGGCACAAACACCUCGAGUGCGAAGAGCUGCUUGAGCAGGCACAGGCCGGGAAGCUAAACCUGCAGGUGCACUUGGAGUACAACUGGGAGGCCUCUCAGGAAUACGCCUACGACAGCGAGGACGAGCUGGAGGAGAAGCUGAGCCCGCUGCAGCGAUCCUUCAAGUCCACGUCGUCCCCAACUACGGGCCAGCCCGCCCUCGUCCCCCAGAACCGGUGGAGCUGCACUGGCAUGGACAUCAGCAACAAGACCUACGAGACCAUCCUGGUCCCCUCGCGGCCCAUCCAGCGGCGGUCACAGAGCGAGGAGAUCCCCCCACCGCUGCCCAUCAAAAACCCGACCAGAGGUGGCUCCAGAACCAAACCGGGGCAGAGCCCAGCAGAUCGCCCAGAGCUCCCGCGUCAGGCCUCCGAGCCCCAGUUCUCUGCGUCGUCAGAGGCACCUGCCUGCCGACACCUGUCCACAUCCAGCGCUCCCAGCACCUUGGACGGCUGUGCUUCCCGGCCGCCGUCCACCUCCCGAAGUCCCCCCGGAAGCCAGACGCACAGUCUACUGGGAAACCCGCUCAGAGACCGAGAGCGGCAGCCAGCGGAGGACGUUGGAGACCAAUCAGACAACAGCCCAGCAGCCUGCCGCUGGGACGUCGCCGGAACAGGGGCAGAUAACCCCAGUCAAGUUCAGGUAGGAAGUGGACCCCCUGUGGGAUAGGAGCGCCCCCUAGUGGCAGGAGAGGUGUUGGAUUACCUGGGCAGGGUUUUGCACCAUUGACGGGGUUUGCACAACCUGCUAGAUGUGAUGGCGUUGAUCAGCUCAGGAGGAGCCCAAAUUGCACCCCAAGGGCCAAACGAUCCAGGGUUUGGCCCUUGGAUGCCUUUCCGCCACAUGGGGAAUUCUUCACGGGGAAAGGGACGAAACAGGCGAAACCCUGUGUCCGUGCAACUUCCAUAUCAUUGCAAAUAUUCAGCCCUAUCGCUCCCCUGGUGCAACAAAGCUGGUUCUGGUGGGACCCGACUGAGAAUGUCAAUUCAGGACAAAUUGCUUAGAGCAGGGCAGUUACAGCCCAAGGCUGGGGUUCCUUUGCACACCAAGGCAAACCAAACCAGCCAGACAGAGAAGACUUCGGUUUUACCCCACUGGCUAACCACUAGUCAUACCAGCAAUUCCCUUCGACACUCCAGUUUCCCAGUAUCACCACCAGUGCCACUCGUUAUGGGGACAAAUGGUU